AUGGCUGAGCAGCACGUCUCUUUCAAGGUCGAGGACCUAUUUGGUGUCAAAGGCAAGGUCGUCGUCAUUACUGGCGGCGGAUCUGGUCUCGGCAAAGCAAUUGCUGAAGGCUUUGCUGUCAAUGGGGCAAAGGUUUACAUCUCCGGCCGAAGACUGGAAGUGCUAGAAACCGCUGCAAAGCAAAUCGGCGGUGACAUCCAUGUAAUUCAAGGCGAUGUGCAAACCAGGGCCGGAUGCCAGCAGAUCGCCGAGGCCGUCAAGGCUCAUGAGACCCAUAUCGAUACCCUUGUCAACUGUGCUGGUGUGAAUAGCCCUUGGAGAGUACAAGCUAAAGACCAUAACGACCCUGACCAAGUUGAGAACCUCCUACUUAAUGGUGUCACCGAGGAAGACUUUGAUCGGAGCAAUCAAAUCAAUGUGAACGGCGUUUAUUUCACCACUGCUCACUUCAUCCCACUCCUACGCAAGUCAGCUGAUCCCAAUGUCUGUGUGAUUGCCAGUCUUGCGGGACUUGCCAACAUCAGGUCGAUGGGAUCUUUGACAUAUGCGGUCUCCAAGGCUGCGACUAUUCACCUCGCCAAGCUCCUCGCUGGCCGUCUACACCCGAUGAAGAUUCGUGUCAAUACUAUCUGUCCUGGCAUUUUCCCAUCAGAGAUGACGGGUGUCACAUCUGGCAAACACGAGUAUAACAUCAAUCACCAGGCAGAAAAGGCUGCGAAGCGAUGCACAGCGGGACGUCCUGGCAGACCAGAGGAGAUGGUUGGGCCUGUUCUGAUGCUAUCAAGUCCCGCGGGCGGAUACAUGAACCAUGCUCUUCUCACAGUCGAUGGUGGUAGACUGAUGGGCGUUUCGAUUAAUGACGGUAUCAGGUUACCAGACGACUCAUAUACGAAGGGACCAGAAUUGGAAAGCAUGCCUUCGGCCACAGAUAUAUACACUCAUGACCUAUAG